GAUAACCCUUCCCUGACUGAGAGGACUGUACUUCGCAAAUCAUGGCAGCUCCUCGACGGAAUGGACUAUUAUCAUCAUGCGAGCCAUGCCGCAAAUCCAAACUCCGAUGUGAUCAUUCUCUUCCAAUCUGUCAGCGGUGCACUGCACGCCGUCGAGCACCUGAAUGCACUUAUCACCCUUGCCCUCUCACUAAAACCGGACCAAAGAAAUAUCGGGCACGCAGCUAUAACGGCAAAAAUAGGACCAACACACGUUAUGAUGAUACGUCAUCCCAUACAGAACUUUUCGAUUGGGUACACAAAACUCCGUCCGUCAUUGCUCGCAGAUCCGAGGCAAAACCAACCGAAACUGGCGACAGAUUCUUCACUCACCUGGGGUUCCUUGGCCCAACAAGCCAUUCGACGGUCUUCAAUGAUCAUGGGCUGGCUAUCGAGUCGCAGUCCGGUGCUCUCUGUGAUGUAAACCCUGGGGCGGUUGAUUCUACAAUGGUGGAAAUAGGAGCACAGAUCCUCUCGCUAUUAGACCAACUCCCCUUCUACACAGAGGUGCUUGAAAAGCGAUUUGAGCUUUUCGAGGGAUGGAUAUUCGGUCCACAACUGGUGAGGAAAACUCUACAUAGGUUGCAAGUUUUAUACCACAACCUUGUCGGAGAUUCGAGAGCUGAUGAUAGACAUGCCCGCCUCCUGGAGUGGUCGAGAACGAUUUUUCGCAACACUGCAGCGACGACCGAAACGUAUUCCGCGAUGACCUUGUCUGAAUUUGUUUCAAAAAUAACUCCGAAAUGGGAGACAGUUGGGUUAAUUUUUGCCUCGAUAGGUGCCGCAACGUACCAGAUUGCGCCCGACGAAGCGGUAUUCAAGCGUGAUGCAGUCCCAGGGAAAGAUAAGCAAGAGCUGCGGGAAAUUGCCAUAGCAGUUAGUGAUAUGUGCUUGCAAUUCUGCAAUAAAGCAGGUGCAAUCAGUGACCCUCUGUGCUGGGCAGCCAUUCAACACACUGUUCUCAUGAUGGAAAUGCAUGGGUCCAAUGAUUACAGGACGUGGCAGAGGCAAGGCGACGUUGUAUCUUUGGUGUUCGCCCUUGGCCUUCACCAACGAGAAAUGGAUGAGCGUAUUCCAUUCUUUCUCUCCGAAAUACGCAGCAGAACAAUGGUGGCAGCAUACUCCAUGGAUAAGGAGCUGGCUACCUUUUUGGGCCGGCCUCCUCGUAUAUGCCGGCAAUACUGUGAUAUUCAGCUCCCUCUGGAUAUCAGCUGGGAGGAUUUAGUGGCCGACGAUUCCACCAGGGACGCCGCAGUCCAGCAACUUGAUCCAGACGGCUGGAAUGUGCAAGGAGAUCCGGAAAAAGGCGCGAGACCCCGAGUCGCUCUGCUUGCGAGUAUUCUCCGAGAAAUGGUCUUGGAGUUCUCACUUAGCCGCGAAGUGGAAAAUUUGUGGUAUAGGGUGAAGUCCACGGUUGCAAAAAGGACAGGAGAGACUCCCGACUCCUUGAUAGAGACGUCACAGCAGAUUCUCUCACUUCUUCUGGAUCUGGUCUCCAAACAGAUCCGGACAGGGCGUGUCAAUCAUCUAACCAUAUUCGACUUUUCUUACAUCGGUCUUCCCGCUGCUGCCGUGCUGUCGAAAUCAUUGCUGCGUCGCUCACAGUUCUCAGCAGACCAAUCGACAAGCGAAAAGCCCUUUCCUCAAUCCGAGAUUAUUCAACGUCUCAGUGUGUUUGCAGCUCAUAUCGAAACCUUCUUUUCCUCCAGAGAAAGUGAUUACGAUACUUGCAUGAAAGGACUCUCAUAUAUUCGACAGGUCCUCGAUUUUGUCCUUUCACCUCGCCCAGGCGACACGUCUGAACAAGUAACCGAUGAAACUAGAGAAGGUGAAGGUGGCUUACUUGGAGAUACAGAGAUGGAUUUUAUGACGUUGUUUGAAGACCUCAACUGGGAGCAAGAGUUACGUCCUCUUUUUACCUGAUGCUGUCAGUGUAGGACGUCGAUGGCGUGUAACGAAGCUGGCCUAUGUCGUUAGAGAGCCCUUGAUAAUGUAAAUACCAAGAGAACACAGUUAAAGUGGGAAACCUGUAUUUUAUUUACGGUUGAAAAGGGCACCGGCAAACAUUUAUUGGCUUAUUGAGACCGUCUUUUAAUCUCACUGUA